AUGGCGUCUACCACCACCACCAACAACAAUGACCCCUCCCACUCCCAAUCCCAACAGCAAACACAAGCCCAACAACCCGUAACAUUCACCACAUCCACACCGUACCCGCUCCCCUCGCAAAAAUUCAUGAUCCCGCUGGGAUGGAGACGGUAUCAGCUCUCGCAGCUCGUUAACAAGGCGCUCGCGCUCGACCGUGGUGGUAAUUACGAUAAUGCUGGUGGUGGCGCGAGACCUGUCCCAUUCGACUUUUUAGUGCGAGGCGAGAUUCUGAGAGGCAGUUUGGCGGAGUGGUGUAAGGAGAAGGGGGUUGGUGAGGAAGAAACGCUCGAGAUCGAAUACAUCGAGUCUGUAAUGCCUCCGCAGAAAAUGUUCGAGUUCCCACAUGAAGAUUGGGUGUCUGCUGUGUCGUGUUAUAUCCCUGGGUUAUUCCUAACGACAUCGUACGACGGCCACCUCCGCGCGUUCGACUACGCGCAUAAUUUGGCGUUUGACCGCGCAGUGCAUAGUGCGCCUGUUACUUCGCUGUGCGUCGUGCCGUUCCCCUCUCCCUCUCCCUCCUCCUCUAACAUGGGAGAGGGAGGGGGAGAGGAAGGGGAGACGUAUACGAUCGCGACGGCGUCGCAUGAUGCGAGCGCGCAGAUUCUAAGGGUUACACUACCUUCUCCCUCCUCCUCUUUCAACCUCAACGCGAAAGAGAAAGCCACAGCAAAAGGAAAUGGAAAUGGAAAAGCACAGUCACUAGCAACGCUGUACCUGCACACAGCGCCCAUCGCGUCCGUCUCUGCGAACGCGCGGGGCACGCGGCUUAUUACGGCGGGGUGGGACGGGCUUGUGGGUGUGUGGGCGUGGGAUGGGGAGAGGGUUGCGAGGGAUGAGGUGGAUGUGCCUGUGCCGGUGUUUGGUGGGGUGGAUGGUCGGGAUCGGAAGAGGCGGAGGGUUGGUGCUGGUGCUGGUGGCGCAGGAGAUGGGGAUGGGGAAAGGGGGGAGGGGGAUGGGGAUGGGGGGAUGGAUGGGGGGAGGGGAAAGAGGAAGGCGCCGGCUAAUGUUUUGAAGAGCCAUGUUGGGAGAGUUUCGAAGGCGCUGUUUUUGGGUCUUGAGGAAGGUGAGGGGAGUGAGAAAGCUGUGAGCUGUGGGUUUGACUCGACGGUGCGUACGUGGGAUGUCGAGUAUGGUCUUUGUAUUGCGACUAUCAACGCAUCUGAAAAACCAUUCCUCGAUCUCAGCCCCCUCUCACACGCAGCACCUUCCUCGCCGCUCUCGUCCGUCCUUGCCGUAUCGACGGAUAGAACGAUGUGCAUGUACGAUCUCCGAUUGCCCUCCUCCUCCUCCUCCACAUCCGCGCUGUCCUCCGCGGCUACAGCGACCUUCGUUCACCCUUCAACGCCCUCGUGCGUAGCAUCAAGUGGUAGUGGGAGUGGGAGUGGGAGUGGGUAUCAGGCGAUAACGGGCGCGUAUGAUGGGGUUGUGAGGGUUUGGGAUGUGCGGAGUGUCAAGGGCGCCGUGGCGUCGUUUAAAGUCGGCGAAGAGGGCAAGGGCAAAGGGAGGAAGGUGUUGAGUGUGGAUUGGGCGCGUGGGCUUGUGGGUGUUGCGGGUGAGUUUGGGGUCGAGGUGUGGAGGGUUGGGGAGGAUGGGGGUGUGGGUGGACGUGUCUAG